GUGGCAACACGCAAAGAAGAAAAGGUGUUAUGAAUACUUUUGGAAGGCGCUGUGUCGCUGCUGCUGGCUUCAUGUUAUCUUGCUGAUGGCGUCUUCGACACACUUAUUAUCGGCCGUGUUUUAAUCAUGGCAGCUCCUUGGAGCCCUCCCACUCCGCCGUACGGGCCCGCUCCGUGACGCCUCUCCAGCGGCUUGUCAGAGCUCUCCCCCCCCUCCUCACUUCAGGCUCAUCUCUCGCCUCCUUCAGGGGGUCAAACUGGGCCUGAUAUGGCGCACGAGAUCGUCCGUUUAUUUUCCCUCUACGCGGUUUUGACGGGGAUUGAGAGCAAGUUUACUUCUGUGCAUGAGUGCUGUGAGGCUGGAAGGGUGGCAGCCCUGAGAAGGCAAGACUGCACGGCGCUUCCACGUUUCAGCUCCCACAUUUGCAGCAUUGCCAAGGAGCACUGCUGUCGGGCUUUAGCGAGGAAGCGAGCCUGCGACACUGGCGUUCAGGUGGCCCGUGGUCACGGGGUCUGCGAGCGGCCCCUCUUCACAGGCUCCAACUGGGAAGCGCAAAUUUCGCAGUCAUGCUGCGACUGCUGCACACUGGGCUUGAAAACGGACAGCACGGGCUUCAGCUGCGACUUUCGGGACCUGCAGCUGGACAAGCAGUGCUCUAACGCGGCUAAAGCCUGCUGUGAGAAACCCAAGGACAUCACUCCGUCUGCUAAAGGACAAGAAGAGCUUAAAGUGUCGAUCUCCAGGCCUCCAGACGAACCAAAUACCUGCAGAGAGCUCAACUGCUCUCAGCUGUGCGUCGGUAACGGAAGAUGCGUCUGUAACGACGGCUUCUGGCUGCAAAGGGACGGAGUGACGUGUGAGGAUAUUAACGAGUGUCUCGCGGGCAGCCACAGCUGCAGCGCCGGGCAGGUUUGCAUCAACACGGACGGCUCGUUUCUCUGUCGGCUCAGCUGCCACCCGGGAUUCACAAUCGCAGACAACAUCAUUUGCAAAGACAUAGAUGAGUGCGCUGUGGGGAGCCAUAACUGUGGAGCGGACUACGCUUGCAUCAACACACCCGGCUCGUUCUACUGCGGCCUGAAGGUGGCGUGCAGAGACGGUUUCACUCUGGACGCUUCCGGAAAUUGCAUCGACAUCAACGAGUGUCUGCUCCUUUCCAACCCGUGCCGACCCGGCCAGACUUGCGUCAACGCCGUUGGCUCUUACGUCUGCCUCGGGAAUACGGUCGUCUGUCGGCAGGGCUACCAUCCAGCGGCGGACGGGACGCGCUGCGAAGACGCGGACGAGUGUCUCGUCGCCGACGUGUGCGGCAGCCACGCCUGCGUGAACCUGGACGGGUCGUACCGCUGCGAGUGCAGAGCGGGCUACCGCUUGAGCAACGUCACCGGAGUCUGCGAAGAUAUCAAUGAGUGCAAGUAUUACUCCCGGCGACUCUGCGGGCACAUAUGUGAGAACACGGAGGGCUCUUAUCUGUGCAGGUGCAUAUCCGGGUUCAGCUUGGCUCCGGACGGAAGGACCUGCGAAGACAUCAACGAGUGUCUGACUGGCCGUCACAACUGCGCCAGAGGUCAGGUUUGCCUCAACACCGAGGGCUCGUUUCACUGCCAGCGCGAAAUCGCCUGCAACACCGGCUACAAACUCACAGGCAGCUCUUGCCAAGACAUCGAUGAGUGCGCUUUGGGGAGACAUGACUGCGGGGCAAAUUCCGCUUGCGUCAACACGGCCGGCUCGUUCUACUGCGAGCAGAAGCGGGUGUGCGGAGACGGUUUCGCUCUGGACGCCGCCGGCGGCUGUGCCGAUAUUGAUGAGUGCUCGGCCCACACCAGUCCAUGCCAGCCCAGCCAGACGUGCGUCAACACGGUGGGCUCCCACAGCUGCCUCACUAAUGCGAUCGCUUGCCCACGAGGGUUUCAUCUGAGCGUGAACGGCACACGGUGUGAAGACGUGAAUGAGUGUAUGGUUGGCAGUAAGUGUGCCAAGCAUGUGUGCGUCAACCUGGAAGGACUGUACCGCUGCGAGUGCAGAAGUGGCUACAUGUUCAACGGCGUCACCAAACUGUGCGACGAUAUCAAUGAGUGCACCCAUUAUCCCGGUCGACUCUGCGCCCACAAGUGUGAGAACACAGAGGGGUCGUACCGAUGUAGCUGUGCCACCGGCUUCAAGCUGGCUUAUGGUGGCAGAGACUGCGAAGACAUCAACGAGUGUGAGGACAAACCCUGCAGCCAGGAGUGCACCAAUGUCUACGGCUCGUACCAGUGCUACUGUCACCGCGGUUACCAGCUGAACGACGUCGACGGGACAACGUGUGAAGAUAUUGAUGAAUGCACGCUGCCAAACGUAUGUUCUUACCAAUGUGUCAACACGCCUGGUGGUUUUAACUGCACCUGCCCCACCAGUGGUUACACACUCUCGUACGACGGACGUACUUGUCAGGACAUUGAUGAAUGUGCUGCAGGAACUCAUUCUUGUUCUGCCAAGGAGGCCUGCUUUAACGUCCAGGGAGGAUUUCGCUGUCUGUUCUUCGAGUGUCCUUCUAACUUCAGGCGAGCAGGAAAGGGAUCCGCAGGUAACGCGUCCGCCGUGGUGCGUUGCGUCAAGGCGUGCCAGGAACACGACGGCGACUGCGCUCGCGACCCCGUCCGCAUCAUCACCUCCACGGCUCUGUCUCUGCCGACCUCGCAACGCUUAAAGGAGCCAGAGGAGAUCGUGUUGCUGCGGACGUCCGCGGCAGCGAAACAAGAUCUUCUCCCGGAGGAGCCGGAUGUGUUGUUUGAUAUUUUAGCAGACGACGAGCUGCUCUCUUUCGACGUGAUAAAGCGUGCGCAAAACGACAUGCUAGUCGGGGUGAUCCGCCAGAUCAAGCCCGUAUUGGGCCCAAAGGAGCUCAUUCUGGAGGUGUCCAUGAAAUAUGUCCAGUCAGGAGUCGUUUCUCAACAAAACAUCGUCCUCAUUCACGUCUUUAUCUCCGAGUUCUGGUUCUGAGAAGGGAAUGUAAAGGUUUUAUAGAUAAUUCUACUGGUUAGGAAUGAGAAGAAAGAAAAAA